GCGCUCCCGACCCAUGGCUUUGGCACGACACCGGUGUUUAGGAGAAACGGCGCCCCCUGGCGCACCAUCGCAUCUCACACCACCGGCACCGGAAGCAACGAAGAAGAAGUGAAUUUGUUGUAAAGCUCGAAGCUCCGAACUCACCUAACGAACAGGUGCGACCAGAACCCGGUACUGGAAAAGCCCCACCCCCUAGCUGAGCUCACCUUUAGUCAUGGCUCUUAUCUCUCUGGAAGAUCUCGAGGGGUUGGACGAUGAGCAGCUGGAUGAUGACAUCAGCGAUAACCCUGAGCCAUUGGAUGAGGAGGAAGGAAGACGCCUCCUUAAUCACUGGCAAACAGUGGCAACCACGCAUCAGGUGUCAGUUCCAGAAGAAAUGACCGGCCCUAUCCAGGAAAUGACCCGGAACAACCAGCACAGGGAGCCCCUCCCCUUCAUCCUCAUCUCCCGCCAUGAGAAGAUGGGGGAGGUUCAAUACGAGGAGCGGCUCUACCCAGCCGGAUCGUGGGCUUGUGUGAUCCGAGGAGAAAAUCUGUAUGAGCAGAGCAUCUCCAUGGCUUUCAUGAAGCUGAUGCGCUUCAUCUGCAAAGAAAACUCUUCAGGCAGAUACCUGGACAUGACUGUACCUGUGGUCAGCAGCGUGCAGGUGAUGGACGACGAGACGUUUCAGAGAGACGUGGAGAUGGCGUUCUUCCUUCCAGCUGAGUUUCAGAGCAAUCCCCCUCAGUCCUCCGACCCGGACGUCCGUGUGGUCUACAGGGAGCCGUUCAGGGUGGUUGCAAGGACAUUCUUCGGGAUGACCACAGAGGAGACGGUGAACCGUCAGAUCCGCCUGCUGUGGGACCUCCUGGACCACAGGGACCACUUACAUCAUGACCGCUACAUGGUGGCGUCAUACAACCAUCCAGGAGCACCGCGGCGCCGCAACGAGAUCUGGUUCAUCAGGAGAGACCUGUAGGCUCCUCCCACAACACAGCACGUCCCCUCCCUAAUAGGUGGCCCUUGUUGGAUCGACCAGAUGAAGCAUGCUUGUGUCUGUAAAUAGAUUCCAGGGUUUCCCCCGGCGCUUUAUAAGCCUGGCUCAUGCCCCGCCCACCUCCCCGACCCUACCGUGUCCGCUGACACGAACGGCGCAACGAAACUAGAGCCCUCCAUCAGCUGAUUCUGGUGAGAAACAGCAGCGGAACGUGUGCAACACCCCACCCCACCCCCCCCCCCCCCACGGAGGAGCGCCACAGGACGGAGCGCACGACCCCCCCCCACCCCACCCCCAGCUAAUCCGCCAGGCUUAACAUUUUCUGGGGGAAACCCUGGAUUCUGACCCUCCCAUUGGUUCACUGUACAGGAAGGAAGGAUGCCCCUUCUGAUUGGCUGCUGCCUGCAACUGUUCCAGGAUCAGCAACCUUAGUGUGACGUCAUAGUUUUGGAAAUAACUUAAGUACGGUGAAGUACACCUUCUUAAGAAACUGUACAGUCACGUGUUCUGUAGCAGUCGUUGUGCCCUGCAUGCCCAGGCGACGGGAGGCGGAGCCUGUCCUUCCCUCCGUCAGUGAUCAUAAACUGUUUUUAAACUGAUUUUCUACAUUCAUUUUCACGUAGGAUCAUUUUUCUUCCAAAUGAAAAAUAAAAAGCUGAAACCUGUCUGAA